UCCGACCGUCCCAUUGUGGGCCUGGCCGAACCCAUAAUGAGCUUGCUAAAAGAGGCCCUCUUAGAGCCCAUAAAGCGGAAAGAGUUAAAAAGAAAAGAGCUGUAGGCUAACGCUUACAACAUCUCGGCCAUUCGGCCGGUGUGUUAUGUUAUUUAGAAACAAAGACAAUUUUCGGAUUAACAAUACAGAGUAUUAACAAUGUUUAAGUAAAUACAUUCAGUGUUUUUCUAAAAAUUUAUAUUGACAAUUAAAAAUCAUUUUAAAUUGUUAAAUGGAAAUAUGUCAGAUCUUUCAUUCAAAUUUGCUUUGAGAAAAGAACUCUUUCAACCAAGACCCACUUACAUACCCCCAAAUUUUCCUACAGAAUGGGGUAAUCAAAGUCUCAUUCGUCCCAUUCCAAAUUCAGCACUGACAAUCAGGGCAUCGGAUCGUCUUUGUUGCUUGGCUAAACCAAGAUAUAGAGAACAAUCAGAUGCCUUAAGAAGAAAGCCGUUAUACCAAUACUCUUGUGGGUGCCCUUCCGUUCUUAUUGUAAUUCCUAAUGCCGCGUUAACAGCAAAUUGUUCGGCAAAAAUUGUUGAACUUGCUAAUCCAAAACGAAGAACAUCCGAUAAUAUUCAAAUUAGUAGUAGAGAAAUGCUUCACGUUAAGAAAAAUAUAAAGCCAUUGAGUGAUAAGAUAAAACAAUUAAGCAGAUCAAAAUAUGAAUAUCAAUUAAAAGAAUGGCAAAUAUUUCAAAAGAAAAAAUCAUUUGAAAAACGUAGUUACUUUUUAUCAGAGAGAAUAAGAGAAUUAGCUCUUCCUAAAUCAAAACAAAGAGUUACUUUGGAAGAUAAACCACAGAUAUCUCGGAAAGCGAUAAACUACGAACCAAGUUUAAAUAUUUUGGAAUUAUCUAAACCCAAACCGAUUUCUUUACGUAAUCUAAUAAGAGAACCUUAUAUUAAAAAGUCAGCUCUGAAUUAUACGCCAUCUGGUAAAAUAAUCGAACUCAGCAAACCAAUCCAGAAGGCAGAUAAUUUACAUCUAAUAUACGACAUAACUAAAUUUCAAGUAAAGAAACCAGCAUUGAAAGCCAUUUGCAGUGAUAGAAUUUGGGAUUUAGCAGAACCGAGAAGUUAUUCUUCUUAUGUAGAACCUUUAAAAAUUAAUAAAUUGGGAGAAGUAAAACCUACUGCCUUAAAGCAACCCCAUCCAAAAACAUCUAAAAAGUUAUUUCGAUUUAGUAAAUCAGUUAUAAAACAAUAGAAAAUUUGUAUUUUAAUUUGAAAAUAAAAUUGCUAUUGAUAAAUCAUAAAGUUUUUAAGAAUAAUAAAAAUCUUAUUGACAUUUAAAAAAAAAAUAUAUAAAGUAAGUAGUGUUUGAAACACGAUCGCUCUUUCCGUCCUGUGGACACUAAGAGGGAUUGAAUUAUUGGAUUGAUAGAAAAAAGGCAACAUAAAACAUGGACGAUUCGCCAAAGAGGUGCUUCUAUAAGAAACUGGCGCCUAUUUAGAUGUUAGACAGGAGAAAGAAAGUCGAAAAUGCCACGUGGCCUGUCCUUUGGUGUGGCGCAAAGCCGCGACCAACUACCAGUGUUCAAUAGUAUUGGCCACUCGGUCGCUGGCUGGUGAUACUAAGAAGGUCUGUUAUCCAUAUCCUUCAUGGAUUAGGCCAGGCUCGGAAGAAGAAAGGCCUAGUGUAGAGGGACGAGGUCCAACAUAUUCGUGACUUAAAAUCCCCCGAAAUCUGCCUGGGGUUUCAGGAUCGUUUUAUUCAUAAGGCUGACUAGACGAAGCCCAGGGCCUGUCAAUUUUAAAAGUAUAAAAAAAUUCUGAAUAAGAUUUUUCAAAAGACUCCCAAAAUGGAUGUAGGUUUGUGUACUGCGGUUUUGGUAUGUACUGUACCAUACCAAGAUCAGGUUGCCUGUCCUCUGUACUGGAGUGAAAGAUUAAAGUGCCGGAGAAGGCCGAAAUAUUUAAAAGCCCAGGCACUCAGCCAUGGGUUAAGAAACGAAAUUUAGCACGGUAGCAUGUGUAUAAGGACCUUUGAUUCUAUUAAAUUUUCGUGGUUAAAAGUCGAGCGGAUAGGACAUAGUUUAUCAUAUCUCGAGAGGGGUCGGACUUAAUGAAGAUUUUACUCGUUAUUAAUAUUUACAAUUUUUU